CUCUCUCUCUGUGAUCUUCUGUUUAUUUACAGUUUCUGGUGGCGGUCAGAAGAGGAGGAACAGAAUGACGGUCCUCCAGGUUCUGCUGAUGUGUCAGAUGUCCAUCACAGCCUCCCUGCACUGGAGGAAAGCGCUGUACCCAUCAGCCUUCCGAGUGAAGCGCGGGACGCCAGCUCUGCUCAACCCCUCGUUUCAGAAAUCAGUGGAAGACGCCAGCCUUCUCUAUGAGGUGUUGUUGUCGGGCGCGUACAUGGACGCCUCACGCGGGACGCUCCACGUAUCUGAUCGGGAACUGGCGUCCAUGCGAAAGCUUGAGGUUCUGGAGGUCCUGUGUGAAGACGUGAUUCCCAGAAGCCUCUCUGAGAUCCGGCGUCUCAGUGCGCAGCUGUCAGUGCGUCGUGGAUCGCUGCGGAUGGAGGACUUCGAGCGCACGGUCCUCACGAUGGUGUUUACUGCACAACAACUACAACACACCGACCCCGGCCACCAGAGGGAGCUGUGGGCAAACGCGCUCCUACAACUAUAUCAAGCCAUUAAAGAAGACCUGCGGCCACAAACCACUGGCAAUUAAUGAGAGGACUCAACACGGAAGUGACUUAAUCUGCAAUUCAUCGUCUGGCCACUAGAGACCGGCUGCAAAAGAGAGCCAAUCCCAUAGACCUCCAUGUUAAAAUGCCCAACUUUACAGCAGAAACAAAUGUGUUUACAGUCUGGUACAAAAUGUGUUUUUGGUCUAUAUAGCUAAUUUUGCCAUUCGUGACUAUUGUGAGGGGGGUGAUUUUUUUUAUAACUCAUCCGUUUAAUUAAUAUUAAGCCUUAAAGUUCUGCAUAAUUAAGGGCGUGGCUACUUGAGUGACAGGUGGAUUGCCGCUGAUGUCACU